AUGAACAGGCACAUUGUGUGCCUACUGGUCAGCGGAAAAUUAAUUGAAAAAAAAAAUAUCGACAAGCAAAUAAUCCAGCGCAACUUAGAACAUGUCAUUUUACAUUUUCAUAAGUACAGUCAAGAAACUGGCAUUUCUGCAUUGCUCAAAAAAAUAAUUCCUUAUACAAAAAACACUUUCGUGGGGAGUGUCCACUUGAAAUAUUUAUAUUCCCAUUUCGUUGAGCCACUACUAAAGGAGGGAAACAUCGACCCCGCAUGCUUACCAAACCUUGUUCAUACAUUUAAAAAAAGUGAAGACUGUAAUUUCGUGGUGAAAAAAUUGAAUGAUUAUAUCGCUUGUGCCAUUCGAGCAGGAAAAUUUUCACUCCAGAAUGAUGUACACAACUGGGUCAGUGUUGUACAGGUAUUUUCUGCCAAACGGAGAGGCAUCAAUUUUGUGCCCUUGCUGAGGCACCUUUUGGUCAACGACACUUCUGCACCCUCGCUCAGCGGUAGCACACACAACUCUCACAUAAGUGAACCUGGCAACGUACAGGCACCUAUCCCAAAUGACAUACAAAUUCAACACAGCGCACUCGAUCAGUGUAACGUGGUCCAUCCCAUUUCUUCCCAUGACCUCCGCUACGAAACGUUGGAAAGCCUAUCCCCCAGGACCUUUUGCAUACUGCUCAACGUGUUGUCCAAAGUUAAAAUGCAAAACACGCCAGAUCCAAGUUUCACAUCCUUUGUGCGUGAAAAAACAUCCCAAAUGCUUCCCUACAUGAGCAACAUCGACUUGUGCCAACUCACAGAAGCCCUAACACAACUCAUAUGUGUAGAUCGGGAAAUUCUUUCCGCACUGAUAGAACCAGAAGUGAUAAAAAGGGUAAUGUCCUUUGACCUUCUGCAGUUGUCCAUGAUCUUUCAUUCUCUCUCACAAUAUUGGAAGGACUUAAAAAAAAAACAACUUUUCUGCGUACUCUUCAUGCGGAAGAUAAAAAAAUAUUUAGCACUAUAUUCACUACACAAUCAGGAGGAGAAAUAUAUCCUGCGCACUCGGAACAAAAACACUCUGAUCGAAAUAGUUCCCAUGUUUUUUUUGACCUACGUCAAAAAUGCACACAACAUGUUCCCCCACUAUCCUUGCUUGUCCAAGUUCAUCCUGCUGCAGUUUUCCAUUUUGUCCAAGUGGCUGCAUCGCUCUCUCUGUGAACGAAAUUGCCAAACUGGGAUGCCAAAUCAGAAGUUUGCAGACAAAGGAGAAAGACAUCCUCCUUCCUUACGCCACAUCAACCAAACACUCUCCAAUUUACUGUACGCUUUUAUUGGCUACCUUUACAACAUUAGCACACUUCAGUACAAAGGGGAACAAAGCAGAUCUUUCACCAGGCACCUCCAUUUAACCCUGGACAACAUUUAUCAGCUCCUCUCCCACUUCAUCCUUUUUUAUCGUCACAGGGAAGUGUUAACAAAUGGGGCGCAAUUCAUGCUGCCAGUGCACAAAUCGCAGCUUUUAAUUUUUUUGUACACCUAUUGGGAUUUCCUGCUCGAUUUGCAGUCCCGCGUAAAUUAUUGCACAGGAAUGACAAAAAAAAAAAAUGUAGCCUUAACCGUUCAGGCAAAACGCCACGAAAAAGAAAAUACCAAUCUCACAGCUGACUCAUUUUUUUUCAUCAAAUGGGAGAACGUGAAGAAGGUAAAUUUUGUGCUUGCUCUUUUGGACGACAUUAACCUAAACUCCUUCAUGAAAGAAACUUUGGAAGAAAACAACAAAUACGUCAGUUACAUUUAUUCACAGAUCCUUAAUGUGGCUAACAACUCGGUAGGAGUUCCCCACCGGACAACUCUACAUUUCAGCAGAAGAGUGGUGGGGCCAUACACAAUUUCUGAACUGUGCAGUGGAGUUAAAAACCCGGUACCACCCGCCGUCGCUGCGUUGGCCACUGCCAAGGCGAUUCCUGGCACGUCCUCCGCAAUUUACAUUAACGGGGAAGAGCCAGUCAAAACCCCUCACACUUAUAAAAACACCCAUAUGGCGGCCGUGGACAUGCAUAUGCGAUCGGGCGAGCUGCCGGAGGAGGCUAAAAAGGACCAGAAGAAGGACCCCAACGGGGUAAACAAGAGUGAAGAAGAAAUGCAAUCAGGUAUAAAAACAUAUUAUGAAAUGAAAAUCGAGGAAUACGAAUCCAUAAUAAAUAAAAAGUUACAAAAUAAAAAAAGGUUAGAAGCUCAGAGAAAUGAAUUGAAUACAAGGGUUAGGGAACUGUGCGAUGAAAUUCAGUACCUGCUCGAAGCUGCGUCUUAUGUUGGUGAAAUUGUUAAACCCAUGGGAAAAAAUAAAGUGUUAGUUAAAAUAAACCCUGAAGGAAAGUACGUAGUGGAUAUUGCUCAUAGCAUAAACAUUGCCCAGUGCACUCCUAACACGAGAGUAGCAUUAUAUAAUGAUUCUUAUAAGUUACAUAAGAUUCUUCCAAGCAAAGUAGAUCCUCUUGUGUCGCUUAUGAAAGUCGAGAAGGUACCGGACUCGACGUAUGAAAUGGUGGGUGGGUUAGAUCAACAAGUGAAGGAAGUGAAGGAAGUGAUUGAGUUGCCAGUGAAGCAUCCUGAAAUAUUUGAAUCGUUAGGAAUUUCACAACCUAAAGGGGUAUUACUAUAUGGUCCCCCAGGGACAGGAAAAACUUUACUAGCCAGAGCAGUAGCACACCACACAGAGUGUACCUUUAUAAGAGUGUCCGGGUCAGAACUUGUUCAAAAGUAUAUUGGUGAAGGAUCGAGAAUGGUUAGGGAAUUAUUUGUAAUGGCAAGGGAACAUGCUCCUUCCAUUAUCUUCAUGGACGAAAUUGAUUCUAUUGGAAGCCAAAGGAUAGAAGGAGAACAUGGAGACUCGGAAGUACAGAGGACCAUGAUGGAGCUACUGAAUCAGCUAGAUGGUUUUGAGUCCACACAAAAUAUUAAAGUAAUUAUGUGCACAAACAGAAUUGACAUCCUCGAUGAAGCUUUGUUAAGACCAGGAAGAAUUGACAGGAAAAUUGAAUUCCCCAAUCCUAAUGUGGAAGCUAGGAUGGAAAUUUUAAAAAUACACAGCAGGAAAAUGAAUCUCAUGCGAGGAAUCGAUAUGCUGAAAAUCGCCACUGAUAUGAAUAACUGCUCUGGGGCUGAAGUCAAGGCUGUGUGCACCGAGGCGGGCAUGUUUGCCUUACGAGAGAGGCGUGUCCACGUCACGCAGGAAGAUUUCGAGAUGGCCGUCGCAAAGGUUAUGAAGCAGGACGCAGAAAAAAACUUCACCCUACGCAAGUUGUGGAAGUAG